CUGUCGAUCGUUGCGUACAUAGUUUGCUUCUUCGUCAAUUUUUUUUCCUUCUUCUUCUUAGUUCAAUUUUUUUUAUAAUUUGUACACAAAUCGUUUCAUUUCCUUUUAAUUUGCAUGUGUCUCCGUAUAAUUUUCAUAUUAAAGAAUCCAUUGAAAUCGAUCAUAAUUGAUUUUCCAGUUGAUUUGGUUAAUUGUAAAGUGUUUCGUAGUGUUUUGAUUUGGUUUGAGUUAGUUUGUUUGUAAUCGUUGCCGCUGUUGUGGUCGUCACCAUUGUCAAUUUUUCUGUGUGGAUUUUCGUGUAUACAUGCUUCGAAUUUGUGUGAAAGAAGAAAACUGGAAGAAAGAAAACGGCAAUACACACUUAAUGAACUAAUUAAAUUAGCAAAUGAUCAAUUGCUUGGGACAUUGUACGAAACAGUUUUGGACAUAUUAUUUGUCUGCAACGAACACGGAACCGAAAUAGUGAAAAACGCAAAUAAUUUGAAGCAACCAGAAGAGAGAGAGAAAGAGAGAGAGAUAUAAAAGAAAGAAAUGUUGAUCAUUAAACAACGACCAGAUCAAAAUUAACAUGGGACGUUACCAUCAUGGCCAACUGAAUUCUCCCAUGACAUCGAAUUAUAAGCGAUAGUAGAGUAAUUGACGUUGACCGGCGAUUGUGAUAUAAUUGCUAUCAGAAUAAGACAAAUAACUGAAAUUAUCUCGGAACAAAAAAAAAACGGUGGACAAGAAGAGUUGCUACCGGCAACUUCAUUUCUUUUUUUGUGUCUCUAUUGAGAGGCAACGCAAAUAAUUCACAUUUUGCACGCAUCUUUUUGAUACCGAAUACCAUUGAGUGCAAACAAACGAGAGAAGGAAGAAAAUGUUACGAUUUUUGAGUCGACGUAAGGGUCGAGGCGCUAGCUCUGGAGCAACUCAAUCGGGAGAUGGACAAUCGAAUAACACCGCCAGCCAAAUUAAAUCACAACGCAUUCUACCGAAUAAAAAUCAAAUCGAAUGUCGCGUCAUAUUGCUGGAUGGAACUGACUUAUCAGUUUAUUUAACAAAAAAAGCAAUGGGAAAUGACUUAUAUGAGCAAGUGUUUUAUUCAUUGGAUUUAAUAGAAAAAGACUAUUUUGGAUUACAAUUCACUGAUGCAAAUCACGUCAAACACUGGCUUGAUCCAACAAAAGCCAUUAAAAAACAAGUGAAAAUUGGCCCGCCGUACACACUUCGUCUGAAAGUAAAAUUUUAUUCAUCCGAACCGAACGCUUUACGCGAGGAAUUAACUCGAUAUCAGUUCUUUUUGCAAUUAAAACAAGAUUUGCUUGAAGGACGAUUACACUCAAAAACAACCGACCAAAAUCCAAACAUCCAUUCUUUCGAAGAGAAAUGCGUUGAAUUAUGCGCAUUAUCGCUACAAUCUGAACUUGGUGAUUACGAUGAAUCGGUGCAUACAGCUGCCUUUAUAUCCGAGUUUCGUUUUGUGCCAAACCAAACCGAAGACUUGGAGCUGAUGAUCUUAGAUGAGUAUAAGAAAUGGCGCGGAUACUCACCCGCCGCAGCUGAGACUGAAUUUUUAAAUAAAGUCAAAUGGCUUGAUUUAUACGGUGUUGAUAUGCACACUGUUUUGGGCAAAGAUGGAUGUGAUUAUCAUCUUGGUUUGACGCCGACUGGUAUUUUAGUGUUUGAAAUAACUCAAGAUCCAAAUGAGCGAGCUGAAAAAAUCGAGAAAAUCGGCUUGUUUUUCUGGCAGAAAAUUAGCAAAUUGGAUUUUAAGAAAAAGAAAUUAACCCUAGUCGUCAUCGAAGACGAUGAUGAGGGUAAAAAGCAAGAGCACCUGUUUGUAUUUCGAUUGUACAAUGAGAAAGCGUGCAAGCAUUUAUGGAAGUGUGCCGUUGAACAUCAUACAUUUUUUCGAUUGAGCGCACCAGCUCGUGGACCAUCAGCUCGUCAAAAUUUCUUUCGAAUGGGAUCAAGAUUUCGGUACUCGGGCAAAACUGAAUUUCAAACAACAGUUCAAAGUAAAGCACGUCGUACCGUUCAAUUUGAACGGCGUCCAUCACAACGUUUUGCCCGUAGACAAUCGCAUGUGCUACGGGAACGACAACGCAAUGUUCAACGAUCGGAAAGUGAUUCAGCUGCUGCAACUCGAAGUUCUGAACGAACAUCAAAUGUUGAAGAUAGCUCCUCUGUAACACCAUCCACAUCUUCGGUGCAGACAAUCAUACAAAAUCAUUUGGUAGGGGCGAGCGGUUCGGAAAAAUCGUUUCCUCAAUCGGCUAGUCGGUGCUCGAACAAAUCGAUUUCAUCAAACGAAGAUCUUAAGGCCAACAAAACUACUGAGAAAUUGGAUAUUGAGCAGCCAUCAACAUCAAAAAGUAGUAAAGUGGUUGAGGAACCAUCGAAUUUAUUCAACACAAUUGCAUACAGUUCGUUUGGAAAAGCGUCAAUUUGUUCAUCGUUUAGUGCUAAAAGUGGCAGCUCUACCACUACAACCGGCAACGAAAAUAUUGACAGUCUUCUCAAAACAAUUUCGAAAGAUUCCGCCAAUACAAUUGCAAAUAUGCAAGAAUCAUUAAACGACGUCAACAGCAUACGUGUGACUAUAAACAAAACUUCGGAUUUGGACAAUAAUACAGAUACUUUGAAGAGACUCUCAGUUGCAGAUAAGCCAAACAAUCAGACAAAACUCGCGUCGAUUGGUGGAACACCGUUGCCGCCAAGUCAAAUGAAGUGCAAUAUUCUCAAAGCACGCGCAGAAGAGGAGGCAAUUUCAACACCAACAAAAUUGACAAAUCAAUUAUUUGUUAAAUCGGCUAUGAACACAAACAACUUGGGCAAUACAAAUUCAGUGUUAAAUGGCGAAGAUUCAUUGGGCGCCGCUACAUUUGUGUCUGUGGGAGGUGAUAUAUUAACAUUAAAUUUGACUGGAUCAACAAAUAUGACAAAAAAUACAAAUGCGGGUCAAUCGAAUUUGGCAUCACCGCUGUCGAAUGUAUUUCCAUCGUCACCAUUUCCAGUUGGUGUAAAAGCCGAAUCGCCAACUCUAUUGCCAUUAGAUGUAGAAAAUUCGUUAAAUGGUGUUGCACCAACACCGCCAGCCGAUACGGUAACGGUGACACAUUUUUCAGAGAAACGUGGCACAAUGGAAAAAAUCAGCGUACCAUCAUUGAAUAUAUUCAAUGCCGAAUUCAAAGCCGAUUCAAGCAAAUCAAUAACAAAACCAUCAACCAAUCCAUUUUUGAAUACGUCACCCGUAACAUUAACAUCAACAUCAACAUCAAUACAUACAACAAAUCCUUUCCAUGUAUCGCUAACAGCCAAUUCAAUUGAACCAGAAUCCAUUUCAUCGAUAAAUAACAAUUUCAAAACAAACGAUGUACUUUCGAUUUGUAGCGAGAACAACAACGAUACGAUCGUUACUUUAAUAUCCAAAAUGGACGCACCGAAAAUGCCAGCACCCACAAAUCCAUUUACAGUUGCCAUUGAAGAAAUUGACAACGAAAAUAAUACGGUUAAAAUAAAAACCAACAACAAUGAUGCAUUAAAUAACAUAAAAAAUAAUAAUGUUGCGGUCAACGAUAAAGCUGAACCAUCGCUGGACGAAAAGAAUAAAAAUAAGAAAAAUAUCGAGAAUGAGCAGCUAAACGACCAAAAUAGCAAUGGAACACCAAAAAUUGAUGUUGUUGAAGCGGCAAUGGUGUCACCGUGGCUUGUCUCAUCAGAAGAUUUUGUAACAACCAGCAGCAAACCAAAGGCGCCCAUACGAAAAACCGUCAUCACAACCCAAUUAUAGUUGGAAAAUUGGAUGAAAAUAAAGAUGCAUUUAAUUUUGUGUGCCUUAUGUAAUCAAAAAACAAAAAAAACUAUAGCAAAGUGGAAGCAAUACGAACAAAAAAAAAAGUUUUUGAUUCAGAUUUGAAAAGGAAGGAAAAAAAUAUUCGAGCCGAACAAAAAUAGAUUCCAUUCAGACAUUUUAUUGAGGCAACAAUUUGAGCAGCAUGCUUAAACGGUUCAUUUUGUUUUUCUCUUUUUGAAAUAGAGAGAGUAUAUUGAUAUGUGUAGGCAAAUCGUUAGAUUGAAUGAGAAACCGACCGAGAACGAAGAAAAAAAAAUCGGCAAAAUUCCAACAUAGUUUUGAUGUUGCUCAAAAAAGAAAACACACCGAAGGAAACACUUUCACAACAACAUUCCAAACAGAAGAGUAUUGUAUCCUAUGCGAUAGAUUUAGACGGACACUUUUUUGUGCUCCAUUUGAAUAUGCAUGAUAUGAUCGGAAAAACAACGAAUAAAUAAGUAAGAUUCUAAAAAUAGCAACAACAAGAGAGAAAAAGAGAGAGGAAAAAUGAGAGUUAUAGAAAAUAUGCCAUUUUAAUAUUUACACUGGUAAAAAAAAAAAUAUUUU